CAGGCCGCGCCGGGUGGGUGGGUGCGGGGCGCGGGGACGCCGCUGUUCCUCCACUGCUCCUCCACGGCGCCGUCUCUCCACGGCGCCGGACCCCCCCGCGUUCGGCGGCUGCGGUGAGUCAGCGCCGGGCCCGUCGCGCCCGCCCGCCCCCCGCGGUGACUCGGCGGCGGCGCUGCGGGUCAUGCUCAGGCAUGUCGGGCCGGGCCGGGCCGGCGCGGGAGCUAAGCCCUGACUUGCCUCCUCUUGGCAGCGCUAUAUAAGGCCAGGCUCGGCCCGACUCGGCACAGACACCGCCGCCAGAGUCCAGCGUGUGGGCUGGACGAGGCACCGAGGCAAAUGUGCAACACCAAGAUGUCCUCCCUUACGGAUGCCUCAUCUGUCACCGCUUCGGAGCAAGAGGCGCUGGUUAAACCAAAGCCACUGUUGUUGAAAUUGUUAAAGUUAGCUGGUGCUGAAAAGGACACUUUUACUAUGAAGGAGGUAAUAUUCUAUAUUGGACAAUAUAUUAUGUCUAAGCAAUUAUAUGAUGAAAAACAGCAGCAUAUUGUACACUGUGCAAAUGAUCUCCUGGGGGAUUUAUUUGGAGUAACAAGCUUUUCAGUAAAAGAACACAGGAGACUAUAUUCAAUGAUUUCCAGAAAUCUGAUAGCAAUCAAUCAACAAGACUCUACCCUUGGUGAUACACCUGAGGAUGAUGCCACAUCUCAGCUUGAAGAAGAAAAUGUUAUUAAGGAGUCUAGGCAAGAGUUAGAAGAGAACCAGACUUCAUCAAACGUGGCUUCCCAACCAACGACAUCUUCUAGGAGGAGGACACACAGUGAAUCUGAAAAAAAUUCUUCAGAUGAUCUGCACAGUGAGAGAAGAAAGCGACACAAGUCAGAGAACAUUUCGGUGACGUUUGAUGAAAGUCUCUCAUGGUGUGUAGUCAGUGGUCUGUGCCAUGAAAGAAGCAAUAGCAGUGAUUCAACAGAUUCUCUUUCCAUGCCUGAUCUUGAUGCUAGUUCAUUAAGCGAAAACUCGGAUUGGUUUGACCAUGGUUCUGUAUCAGACCAGUUCAGUGUUGAGUUUGAAGUUGAGUCUAUUUAUUCAGAAGAUUAUAGCCAUAAUGAAGAAGGGCAGGAGCUCACUGAUGAAGAUGAUGAGGAUUAUUGGAAGUGUCCCGAAUGUAAUGAAAUGAAUCCUCCGCUUCCACGACAUUGCCACAGAUGCUGGGCCCUUCGUGAGGAUUGGCUUCCAGAUGAAAAGAGUGAGAAAUUGGAAAAGAGCAAAUUAGAAGCUUCCUUUCCUGCAGAGUCUGGAGAAGGUUUUGAUGUUCCUGACUGCAAGACAACAAAAAUGACUGAAGAUAAAGAACCAGCUGUGGAUGAGAAUGAGGAUAAAGCAGUACAGCUUUCUGAGUCCCAGGAAAGUGAAGGUUAUUCCCAGCCAUCAACAUCAAGCAGCAUGUUCUGUAGCAGUCAGGAGGACUUCAAGGAACCCGAGAAGAGAGAAAUGCAAGACAAAGAGGAAAGCAUGGAAUCCAGUCUGCCUGUUACCAGCAUAGAGCCGUGUGUCAUAUGUCAGAGCAGACCUAAGAAUGGCUGCAUAGUACAUGGCAAAACGGGACACCUCAUGUCAUGUUUUACCUGUGCAAAAAAGCUCAAGAAGAGGAACAAACCCUGCCCAGUGUGUAGGCAGCCCAUACAAAUGAUUGUACUAACUUAUUUUAGUUAGACAUGUGUUGACUGGAAAGCUGCAAAAGAAAGUUCAUAAACUGGUUAAGAGAGUAAGAAAUUAUUUUUGUAUGCUCAUUGGAAAAUUAAUAUUUUGUGUCUCUUGGCGUUCUGUCUGAAAAAUAAUUGCUGACAUAACUGCACUGGAGUUAAGAGGUUUGCCUAAUACUUAUAAGUCAACUUGGAGAUUUUAAAUCCCUCUCAGUAGAAGUAACCAGGUCCUCUAAACCACCUGCCUCUCCAAGUGUUUUAAUGUUCCAUGCAAGUUAGUGACAUUUGUUUUAUUGAAUUAAAUACAUUCAUUAAAAUCUCAAACUCGGUAAUUGUUGGAAGAGAGACAUGUUGAAGUGUUUAUUUCUGCAAGUUCCUCAUUUAAGAAAAUAUAUUAUCCAGGUUCCAGUUUUUGUUGCUUGGUGAAGACAUAAGGCUCAAUCAGACCCCUCUGAAUAAGUCAGUAAAAUGAAUAAAUAGAAUCUUUUCUUAAAUUCUUUCAAUUAACCAAAUUCUGUGGAAGAUCUUAUCAGGAAGUAGGGAAAGAUGUGGUAGAAAAUAAUUAAUACUUUGGAAACAGAAAAAGAUAUUGUGUGUCUUAUUUUUGUGGUGUGCAUUGUGAACUUAAGGGCUGUGUGUCCCCUGAGAAGUCAUUGAUCCAAGCUCAGUCAUACAGUUCUCUCUCAAACGUCCUGUGAAACUCACAUUUGUGGGUUUGGAGGUCUGUACUGAUUAUGAUUAUUAUUAAUUUAGCAUCAUGAAACAAGUCUUAGGCAGACUUGUUGAAAGGAUAUGAAGGAUAUACUAUGAACUGUCAUGCCAGGUAGUCUUAGGGGACAGUUGUUUUUCUGCACUUCUUUCUGACUUAGCAGAAUACAUUCACCUGUAUUGCUACAUGCGCUGUAAUAAAAAAAGAAAAAAAUUCACCUUCAUCUGCAGAAACAAUUAAGCCGUGCAGUUCCAGUCCACAUUCUUGUAAGUGUGGUAGUCUUUCCAACUCACUGUUCUUACCUGUAUCAUAAAAAUUCUGAAAAUCUUUUGCAAGGUGUUUGGCCAACUCAAAGUUGGUCUCGUUGGACCUGUCCUUUACUGCUUUUAGCUCUUGUCUCCUCACUGUACUUUGUCAAAGACUUUGUGAAACUUACCAGUUCUGUGCCCAGGGAGUCUGCUGCCUGCCUCAGUUCUGGGGCCCUUCAGGCAAGGUAAUGUGAGUGUGGGAACCAGGAUGUGGUAAAGAUCACUCAGCUGCCUUUCACAUGGAGUUUCUGUACCCAGUGAGUGAUACUUACUCCUUUGGAAAACUAUGUUACAAGAGAACUUGUAUAUUUUUAGAACUUUUUAUUUUUACAUGUAGUUGCUGAUUGUCUGCCCAAUAGGGAAUGGCAGAUAAACAGUCAGGGGAGUGCCAAGAGUAGAGAUGUAGUCCAAGUGCAGGAAUUGUGCUGUGUUACCAUUUUACAGCUUCCCUAACACCAGCAGUAUAAAAUUGCUAAUGCCUGUGUGCUGGCACAGACUCCUACUGUUCUUCUUAACUGCAGAGCUGCAAAUGCCUGGAAGCACCCAGGAAAAGGACAAAAAGACAUACAGGAGAGACUUAGUAAAUAUUUGGUUGUGACUCGGUUGAAAAGUAGUAACUUCAUAGGUAAAGACUGAAUUAUUGGGAUCAUUCUUAUUUUGGUCAUACAUUUGAGCUAUUUCUUUGCCAGUAAAAGAUACUGGUGUACCCGAAGUUCUAGCACAGUUAAUUUUAAGUAAACAAAAUAUAAACCACAGUUGUAUUCAUUCAAAUUCUUGCAAGUUUCUUGCCUCCUGCACUUUGUAAAGGGACAUCAGGUAGCUGGAAGUUAUUGGAAGUUUUUUGAUCGGCAGAAACCUUUCAUGGGUUUUAUAGGAUUUGAUAAUCCUUCAGCCUGAGAUAGAGAAGGCCUUUGGGCAAAUACUUUUUUCAAGUAGGGAUACUAACAGAAGGCUACUUGCCUUACCUUGCACUUCCUAUUAAUGUUUUUUUUUUUUUUAUUUUUGAUUUUAUAAACUUAGGUGCUGUGAGGCUUGCAGAAGCUCUUCAUUGCACCUGCAGGUGAGAGAGAACUGUAGAUGUGCAUAUGCAGAAGCAUCAAUAACAUGGGGACUAUACCUAAAAAGUUUCUUCUUAUGAAGCUUUGUCCACUGCAUUGUCUCCCAUGUCUUCCCCUCUCUCAGCAUGAUGCCUUCUCUGCAGUGGCUGCCCUGGCUGUGUAAUUGCAGUGCUGGGGGAGCAGCUGUCCUUAUCUAGUUCCUGUUGGGACAAAUUGUACCAUCUGCUCUCGGCAUUCUUUUCCAGUCACAUGCCUUCUGUUGCAGAGAAUAGCCCUGGAAAUACCUUCUGUUCGCUGGUGGGAGGAAAUGGGGCAUUUUAAUUUCUGCAGCUGCAAAUCACUGUGUCAGGUAUUUUGAUUUAAGUUAUAUUUUAUGGCUUAAUAUUAUUCUUAAUGACUUCUAGUGCAACUUAAGUUUGGUUGGUGUGGGUGCAUGCCUUCCAAAUGGAAGUGAUGGGUAUUGAUGUCUGUUCCUGUUGGGGACACUGGCAGGCAAGUGCAAGUGCAGGCCUGGUGCCCGGGGGCUGUGUCACAGUGACUCCCGUGGUGCCUCCUGGCUGUGGCCUGGAGCCUUUGGCUCUGCCUCCACCCUGUCUCCUGGCCUGGCCGUGCUCGGUGUGUGGUCAUGAGCAGUGAGCACCCUGCUUGUUCUGGCCUUGGGUAGUAAACACGUUCCUGGCCUUGAGUAAUAGCACAAAAAUAAGUAAAGUUUUGGUACAAAACUUUAGAGAUCCUUAUUUAAUAUCGCACACAUUUUAAACUUUAAUUUAUUGCUGUUUGUAAAUAUCCUUGUGCUCACAGUUGAUGUUUUGAGCUCUAAUUUAUUGAAUUAGUCUACUGCUACACGUGUAGUUAUGAUGAUAUGCUUAUUUAGUAAAUCACAGGCUCAAGAAAAAUAUUUUAAGAAAUGUAGCAUUAAAAUUCAGAGAAAUACUUGUAUUAUAUUCCGAUUGAGAAGGGCACAGGAAAAUUUAUGGCUAUGUUUCCUAUUUGCCUUCCUUUGAAAUCACCUAAACAAGAUUUAUUGAAUAGAGAUGGUGCUGGUCCAGCAUCAGCAUAGUGAAAAUAUUUUGGUGGUGUUUUGCUUUCCUUUGGAAUGCUUUUGCAUCCCUCAGUACAGCCAAGGAGCUGACUGACUGCUUCCAGGUGCUGGUAACAUUCGAGGUCAUGGUCUAGGAGAUGCAGGAUGGUGAUGAGAGGCGUUAAGGUUAAUUUGCAAAGGUGGUAAUGGCUUUUGCCUUUGGACACAUGACCAUGAAGGUUGCAGGGGAGGCCAGAUGCCUACAGGAUGUGACUGUAUGUGAUUUUCAGUAAUUUUCUUUUCUUAGUCUCUUCCUUCUUGCACAUCAGGUAGACAAUAGUUAUGUACAAAUGGUGCAAGAACUUGCAUUUAUUCUUUUUUAGAAAGUACAGUAAACCUACUUGUUGUUUAAAUACAAGUCUUUAACUAUUUACCUAUUUGUUAGUAUGGACAUCAUAUAAGUAUUGAAAUUCACCCCACACCAGCAGGAUUGUGGGCUGUGCCGUCCUGUGCCUCUCUCCUUAGCAGAUGAUUUAGAAAGGGUAAAAGUGCUUGAAAAUGAUCACUGGUGAAAGCUUACAUUCCUUCUAAGAGUGUGGUACGAUUUUUAUCACUGAGUUCUGUUUGCUGUACAUUUGUUCAAAUGUCACUGUCUCUGAAGUGUCUGUGGGUAUGAAGAUUUUUUCAGAUUUUUUUCUCUUUUAUGACUAAUUUGAGGAAGAGAAAAUUCCUUGUUCUUACAGAGAGUGUCAGCAAGAAUAAUUGUUUCAGAAAAUUGUAUCUUACAGAAGAGAGAUUAGAAAAUUAUUAAGACCCGAAUGAAACUGAAUAAACCGACUAAAUAGGAUGAAAAUAGAGAUGAAGAUUUUUUUUCUUCCCCAUCUUAAUCUAAGGCUGUUGUUCUGUUAGGGCAUAACUUUAGGUAGAGUCUAUAAUUUUGAAGCAAGUAAUCUAUUCAGCAUAUUAACUUAACACACAUAUGGUGGGGCAGGAAUUAUCCCUUAUGGAUGGUACAGCAUUUUGUUGUGCUCAUUUGGUCUGAAAAAGGGGCAUUUGCUGUUGUGGGGCUUCCCUGUGGGGAGGAGCAUAUUGGACACAUUCAUGGGACUUGUAGACAGGCAGUGUUGUCAUGGAGGGGCUGUGGGGCAGCCUUGGUCCCACAGUACAGCAGAGCCUUGCUGCAGCAUCAGCCUUCUCCUUUUUAGGCCCUGCCCUGCCUUUCCAGCUCCUCCAUACUGGAGUCCAAGGCACAUCUUGUUCUUUAAAGGUUCCACAAGCAAAGCACAAAACCCAGCUUAAGGUUUUAACAAUGGAUUGCACUUACUGAACAUGAAAAAUUGUUGCUUUUAACUAAAGUGUGGGGGUUUUGUUAGUUUUUUUUUUUUUAGCACAGAUGCACUGAAAGCUUCAAGUGAAUGCUUCUUUUAUGUAUCUAUAGCUAUAUUAUACAUGUGAAAUUUGUCAGUGAUACUUAAAAAGGUGGUGACUCCCCUUUUGAGUAGAUGCUUUAGCUUAACAGCCUGCUUUUAAAGGACAGUUCUUGGUCAAGAGCCACAGUAGUGGCUGUCAGGAUGAUGAUUAUUUAACACCGAAAAUACCAAUGGCUUUUCUAAAACCAGAAUCUUUGUUGUCUGACUACACAUAGCUGGAAUGACUGUUGAAUAGAGUAGUUAUAGUGAAUUUAAAUAACUAUGCAACACACUUUCAAGAGCUUUACCUGGUGCAUUACUUUCCAGCUACCCAGUGCAUGUGUGACCACAGUCAGUAAUCAUUAAAAUGCAAGUAUCCACUCCAAUUCCACACAGUAUAGACCCAUUUAUGAGAAGUUUCACAUGUGUUGCAUUUAUAUUUCAGUUUUUCCUUUUCUGAUGAAAAUUGAGUACUGUGUUCCAUUUAAAAGCUUUAAAUAAAGAUUUGUUUAUAUACUA